AACUUGUCCGCUGCUGCGCGUCUCGUCUGCUGCUGUCGCUAUUGCUGCUGCUAAGAGAGCACACAAAGUGUCACCCACCCCGUUUGUUGCUGCGUACACGCGUCGCUCUCUGUGUGCGUGUGUGUGUGUGUGAGUGUUAGUGGUGCUCUGCCGCUGUCUCUGCUCUGUCGCAUUUUGUCGUCGUCGUCGUCGUCGUCGUCGUCAUCGUUCGUCGUUACAUUUUUUCUGCUCGCAGCCACACGACAAUCAGUGUCACCCACGACUUUCGAAGGAGUGGAUCUCUUCUGCUGCUUCGCUUAUUGCUGCUGCCGCUGCCUUCUCUCCGUCUACGUCUGCUGCUGCCAUUUGCUCUGUCGCAGUCACCGUCACCGUCACUGUCAACGUUACGACGUCGUUGUCGUUGUCGUUGCCGUCGUCGUCGUCGUUGCCGUCGUCGUCGUGUUUCACUCGUUUUACGUUUUAUGUUUUUAGUGUGCGUGAGACUUCAUAACGUUCGCCGUCGCCUUCGUUGACGUUGUCGCCUGUCGCUUGUCGUUUGUCGUUGUCGCCGUCGCUUCGGCAAAACAAGCAACAAACAAAAUACAAAAAUUCAACAAAAAAAAAAACAAAAAACUAUUUAUACAACAAAUAUUUAAAAAUUAUACAAAAACUGAAAAAAAAACUACAACGCAACGCUAAGAAAAAAAAACAUAAAUAAAUAAAUAAAAAAAAUAUGUGCAGCAAAUUGAAAUUUUUUUGGUGAUAUAAAAUACAAGAAAAAUACAGUUACAAAAAAAAAUAUACAAACAACAACAAAAAAUCAAAAACGCAGCAGCUCAACAAAAAAAAAAUACAACAAAACAAAUACAACAAAUUCACAUCACAAAAGAGCAACAAACAACAGAUACAAUGGAGCACAUUAUGAAUCCAUUCAUGCCGCCCGCCUAUCUGCUGGGUCAUCCACCACCGCCGCCACAUCCGCAUCCCCACUCGCAUCCACAUUCGCAUCCCCAUCAACACUCGCAUCCACAUUCGCAUUCGCAUUCACAUGCGUUGACACACGCCUCGCCAGCCAGUUCACCAAAUUCCGCCAUCGUUGGCUCAACGAGCGGCGGUGGCGGAGGUGGUGGAGGGGAAGGGGGAAGCAGCGCCAGCUCGACAGGAUCCAGCUCGACAACGAAACCGAAACGUUGGGGCUCACCGCCAAUCAAUUUGGCCGGACAAUUCAUCAAUCCGGCGACGGGUAAAAAGCGCGUUCAAUGCUCCAUUUGCUUCAAGACGUUUUGCGACAAGGGAGCGCUGAAGAUUCACUUUUCGGCGGUGCACUUGAGGGAGAUGCACAAAUGCACUGUGGACGGGUGCAACAUGGUGUUCAGUUCGCGGCGUUCACGUAAUCGUCACAGCGCCAAUCCGAAUCCCAAACUUCAUUCGCCGCACAUUCGUCGCAAGAUUUCGCCACACGAUGGACGCACGGCGCAACAAUUUCCCGUUUUUCCAGCGGCGGCAGCGGCUGCAUUCCCUGGCUUGUUGCCACCGGUGCCACCGCCACCGCACGGACAUCCGCAUCAUCAUCCACAUCCACAUCAUCCGCAUCAUCAUGGUUACAGCUCCGCAGCAGCGGCGAUGAUGUUUGGCGGUCAGACGGGAUUGCACAAUUUGGGAUUGUUGACGAGUCGAGCGCAGCAGGAACGUUUAUUCGGCGAUCUCGAAGAGGGUGAAGGAGAGGGCGAAGGAGAGGGUGAGGGAGAGGGAGAAGAUGAUGGCGUCUAUGUGUAUGUGGACAUGCAUGCGAAUAGCUCGAGUCCAGCUAGUCAGGAUUGUCACAGCGAGAAUGAGAACGAGAAUGAGCACGAAGUUGAGCCCGAGGAAACCGAUGUGGAGACCGAACUUCAUUGCAGCCUCAGCCUGGCCAGCAAUAGCAAUAGUCUGGCCAGUUGUCCCGAAGAGGAAGAAGAGGAAGAAGAGGAGGAGGGAGAGGGAGAGGGGCAACAACAGGAGGAGGAGCGUCCGCUCGAUUUCAGUUUGCACAAACGACGCGAUGCCAACUGUGAUGAGCAACUCUCGUCGAGCAGCGGCAGCAUCAAGCAGCGACGUUCGCCAAGUCCCUGCGGCUUCUCCAUGGAGCGUCUGCUGGGCAAGCGACGACGUCACAACAGCGUCGCCUCCUCCAGCAACCAAGACGAACAGCAACAGCAACAACAGCUGUCGAAAGCUUCCGCCUCGAGUCCGGUCAUCAAAAUGGAACUCGAUUACGAUAGCGGCAGUGACAGCCACGCCCACAAUCUGUCGCCGCUGCCAACCGCCGCACCCCACCACCACCAGCCUCUGCAGCAACCGCUGAAAGCGUCGCCAGCAACAACAACUUCAACUUCGACGUCGAUGUCGAUGUCGACGCCGCCAGCUGCUUUGCUUGGCUGCUUUGGCCUCGAUCUCGAGGAGCAACAACAUCAUUUGCGUCUGCUGCAAACUCAAAUGUUUGCCGCCGCUGCCGCUGCGGCUGCCUCUGCCUCUGCCUCGGCCGCAGCGACUCCAGUUGUGGCGCCACCUGCCGUGGCACCUUGGAAUCUCCUCUCCGAGGUCUAUCGCUCCAUGUUGCUGAGCAGCGGCGGUGUCGCUGCUGUUGGCAGCGCCAAGGCUGCUGCCCAGGCAGCGACGCCGGCAGCGACGUCGGCAGCGCAGUCGGCGACAGCUAAUGCCGCUAAUGCCAUCUCGGUGUAAAAAAGCUCAAAUGCGUUUCUCUCUUAGCAAAUACAAAAAAUCGAUCUACAUAUAUUCGUGUUUUUUUUUGUCCGUUGGUCAUGAAAUGGCAACUGAUCUGGUUUUUACAAUGAUUAAUGUAAUGAAUAAUCUAAUGAUUAAUGUAAUGAUAAUGACGAUGAUAUUGAUAAUGAUAAUGAUGAUGAUGAUGAUGAUUACUAGCUUUUCUACUCGUACUUGUGUUAUAUAUAUCCGGUCUUUUUUUUUUGUAAUUAAUAAUCUAAUGUAAACGCAUAUUAUUAAACUAAUCUUAUUAUAUCAUUUUUUUUUUUUUGAGUGUAGUGAGUGAGAAAACUAUGUUAAGUUAAAUGCGACAUCUAAGUGUAUAGUAUUCAAAUCCGUUCCUCAAGCAGUUUGGUCCCACUGUGCGGCCUACAACGAAGUAUUCACAUAUUUAAAACAAAAACAAAAACUAAUCUAAUUAAUGUUUAAUGUGCAACGAUGCGGCAUAAAUCGAAACAAAAAACCAAAAAACAAAAAAAAUCAACAACAACAAAAUUAUAUUAAUAUUAAUAUUAUAUAGUAGAAUAUAUAUAUUAUAUAAUGUUUAAGUGCAAACAGCAAUUUUUUUUCAUAGCCAAUAACUAUUUGUAUUUGUAACUAACUCUGAAAUAAGUCAACAAAAAAAAUAUGAGAGAAAAAAAAAUACACAAAAAAAAAACAAACAUAUCUCGUGUAAUUUCCCCUCCUCCCUUGUAUGUAUUCCCCCUGCUCCCUUAAACAAAUUGCCGCAAAAAAAAGAAGAAAAAAAUCAUAUAAAUUAAAAAGCAAAAAAAAAAAAUCAAAUCAUAGACGUGUCUGUGCAUGUUUAGUAGAAAUGUUAUUGCUCUCUCGCUCUUUCUCGAAACGAACGAUUUUGCUCUCCCUAAGAGAUUAAUUGUGUAAUAUGAUAAUAUGAUGAUGAUGAUGAUAAUUUCUCAUUUCAUUUUCAAACAAUAAAAAAACCACAAAUAUUGAAAACAA